AUGAAGCUGAAAACCGUGCUCACCUAUUAUGUGUGUCUUUUUCUAUUCUUCUGUUUGUUAAGCGGUUUAGGGAUGGGUUUGGCGGAUUCCUCAGGAGAAGCACCCCCGCCAGACAGCUUCCUAUCAACCUGCAUGGAAGUCAUUGACGCCAUAACAUUCUACGAAGAUGAGUUGAAGAAAUAUAAGUAUGAGCAUAAGUGUGCGGCCUAUCGGUAUAUAGGAAAUGCGGUUUUGGAAAAGCACAACUUGAGUAAUUACAACUGCUAUGGGAAGAUACAAAAGGCCUUGUGCAAGCUAAGGUACACCAGGGUUGCGCCUCCUGAGGAGGAGAGGGACGAAGAGCAUGAAGAUAAAAAAGGUGACAGACACAACAGGGAAGAUACCACUGAAGAGAAUAAUACAAAUGCGGAGCACCCUCAGGAACAUUUCCUAACAGAAGGAGAGGGAGAUACGUGCACCAGAACGAAGGAUAUGUUCAUGUCCCUGUUGAGGAAAUGCACUGAAGGGGGAUAUGGAGACCCCCUAGCCCACUGUGCUUCCCUAGACAUUGAAAAAAAUAUCAUUUCAGAUGGAGAACUAUUCUGUGAGAGUUCGUUCGAAAGGAAAAAAAAAAGUGUGCAGGAAAAUGAGCAGCACAAAUCAGCAUAUGUAAAUUAUUAUAAAAAUAACAUAAUUGAAACAUUUCAUUUUGAGGAAGACCAAAGGGACGACUGCAUCGGUAUGGUUAAUCUGUUUAACAACUGCUCCACUGUUAGAAGAAGCGUCUUUGGAGAUAAGCCUCUUACCCAUUGUGUUGAACAGAGCGAAAAGCACUUUUGCAAUAGAAGGCUUCACAAAAUGGAGGAUAAAAACUAUAUAUAUACCUGCUCAGAUGUGAUAGUGCCUUAUUUGUUGGGCGCAAAUAAUAAGGGGAAGACAUACAGCGAAAUGUGCCACGAUGUAAAAGAUUAUACAAAGGUGUUGAAGAAUGAAAAAAAUGAGUUUUUAAAAAAAAAAAAAGAAAUACAAGAAAAUGUGAAGCAUAUCAAGAUAAUACAAAAAUUGUACAAAAUUACGGAACACAUUUUCCAAACUUUGCAGGAGGAAGUGGAAAAAUGCAACCCAGAUUUAUUUCACCUUUUUAACCUUUUGAAAAACUCAAAGAUUGUGCUCCCCAAUGAGUACAUGUUAAAAUUGGACGAAAUAACUGAUGGAAUGACUGACUUGGAAGACGCAAUCCGCAAAAUGGUGUAUCCCACCUUGGAUGAGAAAAGCAUGGAGAAAAACGUUUUGCUAGUUAAUGACGCGAAGGCUGCCAUAGAGGACUUCCUGAGAUUGCAGGAGGGCAUCGUGGUCGCGGUUAGACAGGUUAAUGAGUACAUUCGCAAAGCAACCACUACAACCGCUGCAAGAGAUAAAGCUAUCCCGUUUGGAAAUCACGCCAGCCUCUUAAGCUUGGAAGAGCUGGAGAAACUGCAACAAAGACAUAAGCGCAUUAACGAGAGAAUAGAAAAAUAUGCGGACAGACGCAGCCACUCCAUUUUCCACGACCAUAAUUCUAUGAUGAAAGAUUUCCAUAACGAUAUUGAGAAGCUAAAUGGACUAAUUGAAAUUUACACGUCUCAAAUUUCUUUGCUAAUUGGUAAGGGGUUAGUUGCAUGA